AAUUAAUAACUUUUUUCUCUUGUAUAAAACUAUCAUUGUUAAUAACGAUAAUGAAUUGUUUAAAUAUUGAAUAAUGAUGUAACUUUCUUUGAUUGUUUUCAGUAUAAUCAGUAAUUCUUUUAACUACAAUUGAGAUUGUAAAAUAUUAUAUCAACAGCCAUAAAAUAGCAAGUUUGAAAGCAUUCGUAAACGCACUCGUCAUUAAUUGACCAAUUUUUAUAAUUAAAAAAAAAUUGAAUAAUGACCCUUAGAUUCACAUAAGCAAAUAAAAUCGAUACCGUAUUUCUUCACCGCGGGCUAUUUCUCAUGGUUAAUAAGGUGGCAUGGCAUGUAGUGAGGCGUUGUCACUUCGGUGACGUGGCCACCACGGCUUUGGAACUGGACAAUCAUCAGCCAUCCGUUCGCGUUAUGGCUUAACGCUUACACCAUAUUGAGCUUAAGAGCCUCUUCGUGCCUCUCAGGCUCUUUAAAGGCUAAGCUACCCAAUAGCACCAUAUACCCGUUCUCUCAUAUUGCCCGCUAAAUUCUAAUAUCAUAGAACCUUCUGCUUUUCUUCAUUUUGAUAGGAAGAGAGAAAAACCCGUUACCGUUUCUUUUCCUCUCCUCGUUUAAAAAUAUAUAGACUUUAUCGGACCGUGCGCGCGGUGAGAUGCACACGGCAUAAAAACGCCCUCUUAUUCUCGUUCCGCGUUAUCGAGGUAUCACUCUUCGAAUUCACGGUGCAUUCACAAGCGCGUAUUGAAAUUGAAUCGCAACGUCGCCUGUGACACCUCGCGAAUAUAUAUUAUACCUUCCGCGGAACGUGGGACGUAAUGAAAUAUCGAUAAACACGGAACGAUCGCGGAAGACCGUCCUGGGAAGAUUGUCGGCGACAGUGCGGAAUACCGGGCAGACGUCAGAAUUUCGAAACGGACGGAGGCAGAUCCGGGGUAGGAUCGCCCACGGCGGAUGAGAUUUGCAACGGCAGCGUGGCCCAACGCCCGCCGGUUUCGCCAACGUGAUGCGUUGCAUUAUUCACUUCUACGCUAGGGUGUAACGCGCGACCACUAUCGUCCGUUUCGCCUUCCUGAAGCCCGUCUGAAACCUCCGCGGCUUUCGGACUAACUCCGACAGAGGCUUUGGCAUCGAUACCGCGAAGCCACCUUCGACAUUCGACCCGGUGGUUUCUGUGCUCGGUGCAAUUAAUUCCUUCUAAGUGACGACCGUAGAACGACUACAACCGCGUCACGUCGAACGUGACUUUUUUUCAUUGUCAAUUUACGGUGAUAAUUAAUUUGAUUGGCUCGGAAACAUUUCCGCGAUAAUUGUCAAUAUAUUCUUGAUUUUUUUUUGUAUCGUUCCCGAAAAUUAAACAAUCCUUUGAUGUUCUUAUUUUUAACGAUUAUCUCUGUAUUAUUUUUAAUUAUAAUAUUGUUACUUUAUUGUUACUAUAUAUUGUUACUUUAAGUAAAACAAUGGAGUUAGACAAUUUAAUUGAAGAAAUAUAUUAAAUUGGACUGAAAUUUAAUUUAUUAUUUACUAGAUGCAUAUAUUAGGUGAACACAGUUCACUUUAAACUAAACAGUCUUGUUUCUUGUUUCAUAACUACUUGUUUCCAUAAUUAAAAUAAUUCAAUACAUGGAGAAAUGAAAAUACCAAAAUUCUUAACUUAUUUAAUUUCUUUAAUAUCUAACUGUGAUCCAACAAUUAAAUACGAUUAUAAUUUAAUCAUAAAUAUAAGACAUUAAUUAGGAUAAUUAAUUUAAAGCAAUUCACGCGUAGGAAUGCAUAGAAAACAUUAAUAGGAAGAAUGUAAAGAUUAAAAGUCCAUUACUCAGAAUCUCAUAGGGAUUUGCGUGUAUGUUAGCGUGGCAAUUCGAAGCUUUCAAAUAUGUCAAGCGACAUUACUUAUCGAUUCAAUAUUGAUACGCCGCCAUCAAUGAAAUACUCCGCUACGUAUUCGAGAUAUUACGAAAUCCAGGUCUUUAUCUCUCUUUUCCCCGCUCUUUAUCUCUGCCUUUCACAUAUACGUGGUACACGCAAGUAUUUCAACUAUGUCGACUACAAAGUUCCUUUCGGUAUCGACAACCACACGGACACCCGCGCGCGCUUUGACUCUCACAACGAAACGUAUAAAUGCAGCUGCGCAUUUGACUCGGAUUGAAAUUUUCGGUGAAUAUUCCUCUCUCUCCUGAUCUUCUGUCCUCUGGAUUUCGCUGGAGAUUUUCAUGGUCCAAUUCGCGCUGUUGUUCACUCCGAUGAUUCGCCGUUGUGGCGAGUCUCCGGUAUAGGAGAAAGACAGCACGCGUUCCAUUUCUACCAAUUUCUCUUUUACUAAACGUAACUAACUGACGAAAGUCUUUAUAACAACGAUACAUAAAGCGGCUAAUUCCAUUAUUAUAAAUUUAAGGAAGUACGCAACUCUUUUUAAUGCGUAUCUACUUGAUUUAUCUUGGCAAUUAUUAAAUUCUUCCUCGUAAAAGUUUUGUUCGGGAAAUUUAUGCAACAGUCUGCUUGUAUUUUUCCGUUCUUUUUCGUAGCUUCGUUGACAACUUCUUCGACUAUUAACGAACUUUUAAAUGUUUACAGAAAAACGGACGUGCCGUGUGCCGAAUAUUAUUUCAAUAAUUAUCCCGAAUAAGCACAGUGACUAUAUUUUCUCAGGGAGAAUAAAAGACAAAUGUAAAAAUUUUAAAGUUUUCCUACGUGUUUUCAAAUUAGUUGUGACUGUCAGAAAUCUGCGCGUUGCGAAGUUUUCUUGCGCAGUUUUCUGAUAGUUUGAAACUGAUUUGAAAAUCUGACAUGGAUUUUAAAUAAUAAGAAGUGAAAACGGAUCUAAUCAAAAUAAUUUGAAUUAAACAAAAAUUGAAAGAAACACAAUUUGUUCAUUAAUACGAUUUCAAACAUUGGAAUGCUGAUUAAAAAGAAUUUGAUUGUAUACUUAAAUUAUUCCUCUAUUUAUGUGCUUUCGAAAUAUGUACACCGAAAUUUUGAUCUAUCUCUUCUGCAAACCACCGCUCUCUCCCCCGAAUGAGCAUUUACUUUUCUGAUUACGUACUUAUUUCAAAAGCGACAGCUUGUAUUUUAUCGUGAUAAGUUUUUUUUUUUUUUUUGUUGAAAAGCGCACCAAGGUGACCAGUCGUUUCCUUUCCCUGUUACUUUUAAAGUUUCGGCAAGAAUCUCAGAGUUUCAUCGCGGAAACACGGAGGUAUGUGAGAUCGAAGUAUCUGUCGGAAUUCCACGGUUUCCGUGUCUCCAUUCUUUUAUGUAUAUCAAGUGAAUAUUGCGCGCGAAUCGCGUAUCGGGAUUUAAUCGAAUCAAACAGGUGAUCGCCCCCCGCGUGUUUUCUGGUUCGCGUGAUUGCCAGUGACAAUGCGAGAAAAACUAAGGACACAUGCUACAGCAGAAGGAAGGAAAGGAGAGAAAAAUGAGGCUACGACGACGCGACGCAUCGGUCGAUGUGCCUGAUCCACCGGAACGACCACUUGUCAUAAGUUACACGUCCAAAGCCGUGAAUAUAUCGUGGGCACCUGGUGUUAAUUCCCACAACACUCCAAUUUCGCAGUACGUCAUCUACACCCGCAUCGACGAGGACGGCCCGUGGAACGCGACGAAGGAGAUCAUCACGCCGCACAACGACACGUUCUACACCGUCGAGAAUCUGAGGCCGUUCACGGUGUACAGCUUCCGAGUGGCGGCGAUAAAUGAUUUAGGACGCAGCAAGCCCAGCCAGGCGUCCUAUUACAUGGUGACCCUCCGCGAAAUUCCAGAAGGAAAACCGACCAUCACGGCGGCGCACAAUACCUCAGCGACGUCUAUUUAUCUGGCAUGGAAGCCGCCGAGCCGCGACACCAUACACGGCGAGUUCCUUGGGUAUCGCAUCGGGUAUCGGCGACGCGAGAAAGCGGAUGAAGAAAUGAAGAACGUUUACAUUCGCGAUCCCGCUGUCGACAACCACAGCAUUCACAAUUUGGAUACCUUCACGCAGUACCUUGUCUCCCUGCAGGUGUUCAACCCGGAGGGUCACGGACCCGCGUCGACCGUGACCGUGAUGACCGACGAGGGCGCGCCGACAAAGCCGGAGAAUCUCACCUCCCGGGGAAUCACCGGGACAACCAUUGAACUCUCGUGGUCGGAGCCCGAGAACGCCAACGGUGUCAUCGCCGGUUACCGUGUCUACUACAUGCAUUCCAAUUAUACGGACGUUAAGAUGCACCUACCCGACAAAUUGUCCGCGGACGCCGACUACUCGGACAUCGACUUCGUCCUGCGAGAACUGCACCCGUACACCGAAUACAAGAUCUGGGUGAAGGCUUACACGCGGAAGAACGAGGGUGAGCCAUCCGAUCAGAUCAUUCGCAGGACCGACAUAACAGGACCGAGCGCACCUCAGAUUUUGAAUUUAACCUGCCAGUCCCACGAGUCGGUCUACGUACACUGGGCCAGACCGGCGCACUUUUGGGGCUCGAUCGAUUACUACUACAUCAAUUAUCGAAGGGACAAUACGAGAGGACCCUAUGAGGAAAUCGAGCUAUCGGCCGACAAAAAUCAUCUCGAGAGCGGGGCGAUUAUACCCAACCUGACGGUGAACACCGUUUACGAGAUUAUGGUACGGGGGGCCACCAGGAGCACAAUAGACAGCCGCCUGAUCAUUCAAGGCGACAGCUCUAUACCGACGAAGGUGUUGGUCACCCGCGAUUGCGACAAGAUACCGCCCUUGAUGCGCCGCAGUAGCAAGGAUCUCAGCGCGGGCGUGAUCGCCGGUAUGGUGUGCGCCUGCUUCGCCGUGAUGCUGGCGAUUACGUCCUUCGUGCUGUGGAAACCGAUCUUUAGGAAAUGCUUCCACACUGCCUACUACUACCUGGAUUACCCGCCGCGCAAUGUUCCCACUCUUCAAGAAUGGGAGAACAGCGAGCAGGACGGCGAGAGGACCGCCGUGGCCGUUCAGCAAUUCGUUCAGCAUGUCGCGAGCCUUCACGCCGACGGUGACAUCGGCUUCAGCAAAGAAUACGAGCUGAUACAGUCCGAGGCUGGCGACUACACCGUGGAGAAUUCCCAGUUCGCUGAGAAUAAGGCCAAGAACAGAUACUUGAAUAUACUCGCGUAUGAUCACACUCGUGUGCAAUUGCUCUCCUGCGGCGGUGGGCCGCCUAAAAAGGGCCAGGAUUAUGUUAACGCAAAUUACAUCGAUGGUUGGCAAAGGGCACGAGCUUAUAUUGGUACCCAGGGUCCGCUCCCGCCUACGUUCGACGGUUUCUGGCGGAUGGUCUGGGAGCAGCGCGUAUCAAUAGUCGUAAUGAUUACCAAUCUGGUCGAGCGAGGUCGUAGGAAAUGUGAUAUGUAUUGGCCUAAGGAGGGGACCGAAACGUAUGGUUACAUUCAAGUAACUUUAGUAAGAGAGGACAUUAUGGCCACGUACACCAUCCGUACUCUUCAAAUUCGACAUUUAAAGCAGAUCAAGAAGAAGAAAAAUGGGACCAAUAUGGGCGAGCGCACUAUAUGGCAGUAUCAUUACACCAGCUGGCCUGAUCACGGCGUGCCCGAUCAUCCAUUACCCGUUCUAAGUUUUAUUCGCAAAUCGUCCAACGCUAAUCCGCCCGAGGCUGGACCCAUUGUAGUCCAUUGCAGUGCUGGCGUUGGACGUACCGGAACGUACAUUGUGAUCGACGCCAUGCUGAAGCAAGCUAAGGCCAAGAGUGAGAUCAACGUGUUCGGUUUCCUCAAGCACAUUCGCACCCAGAGAAACUUUUUAGUUCAGACGGAGGAGCAGUACAUCUUUAUUCACGAUGCCCUGCAGGAGGCGAUCGAGAGCGGCGAGACCAAUAUUGACGCCAAUAACUUAUUAAAGCAUAUUCAAGACAUGCUGUGUCCAUCGAAUAACAAGACUGACGCGUGGAACAACAUCGAAGCACAAUAUAAGUUGGUGACGUCGUGGAAACCUAAGGACUUCAAUCUCGUAUCUGCUACCAAAGCGUGCAACGUCCACAAGAAUCGUAACAUGGACAUUAUCCCUAUUGAGAACGCGCGCGUUCACCUGACGCCGAAACCCGGUGUCGACGGAAGCGACUACAUAAACGCGACAUGGGUCUCAGGCUUUCAACGCAACCGGGAGUUUAUCAUAACGCAGCACCCGAUGGAGAACACCAUAAUGGAGUUUUGGCAAAUGAUGUGGGACCACAAUGCGCAGACUAUCGUCAUGUUAACUCAGUGCGACGAGGAAUAUCCGGAGUUUUGGCCUAUCGAAGGGAAGGAUCUCGAGUCUGAAACAUUCCGAGUACGACUCUGCGGAACAAAGGAGACCGUGAACGGGACGAUCUUGUUGGAGGUCGCGGUUCGAUCGUUGCAGGAUGAUUACGAGCUCAGCGCUAGGAUUGUUCAAGCGCCGUCGAAUCAGAGCGGUUUGUGGCCGCACAACAACAAUCCGAAGACUUUCGUCAGCAUCAUCCAAGACUUUCAUCGAGAUUAUCAAAACGGUCCUAUUGUUGUGAUGGACAGGUAUGGUGGAGUCGAGGCUGCACUCUUCAUUCUGCUGACUACAUUAAACAAGCAAUUAGAUUUUGAGCAAAGCGCCGACAUCUACAUGUUCGCGAAGCUGCUUUACAUGAAGCGACCUGGCGUUUUCCGUUCAAAGGAGGACUAUAUAUUGCUGUACCAGUGUCUGGAGUCCAUGCUAUCGACGAAAGGCCGUGCAGAGCCAGACCUCUACGCCAUGGCGAACGGACACAUCGCAACGUUAAACGACCCAAACGAGAUCAGGUCGGCCUCGUCGAUUCAACACAUGCCGAUAGAUUAUCCAUCCAAAUCAUCCAUCAUUCGCGAAUACGCGACCGUAGAAGUCAGUUCCGAAUACUUGUCCGACUAUACCAUUCCCAUACGCGUGGAUCAUCCGAUCGAGUCGUCUAGCAGCCGUGGGAGUGAACCCUGCCUCUCCUCCCACGGCGGCAGCAACGAUCACGUAGUACCGUCGGAGAAAAGCAUGGUGGUGUCACAGAGAAACAUUAGUUAUCAUAAUCAUCCACCAUCCGGCGUCUCCGUAAUGGUCGAUGCUAACGGUUAUAUCACAAAUGGCAGCAUGCGCGUACCCUCCGACAGUAUGGAGCCUACCUGCAAGAUGAUGCCACAAUGAUGCCGGCCUAUCUUCGGUUGCAGCGCACCCUCGCGAAAGUCGGCCCCGCUGUAAUCGAGACUCCCCGACGCUACAAGUUUAAUCGCAACCUGACUGAUCCUCGCGACGCAGAGGAGGUGAUAAUUCGCAUUCAAGGAAGAACUGUAGAAUCUUCGAGCGGAUUUCUUAGUGUACAUAGAGCUAACGUAAAUGUUAAAACAAAAGCCGAAAAAAACGUGAUAGAGAAGAAUUUCGGUAAGAGGAAACCCGGUUUCCGGCGCGCGACCGAGCAGUGCCAAACAAAAGAGACAAAAUUGCCGCCGAUGCACGCCGGAUGGGCGAUGCUUAUCUUGUCCAUCGUGUAAGUUUACGUUGAUCAUUCUUAUUUUGUGUAUAUAUUAUACAUUGCAUAAUUAUUAUACACGACACACACGUGCGCGCGCGCGACCGCGCGCACUUAUGCAUAAUACAUACAGAUGCACACACAUACACUUUACAUAAAACUAUAUAUACAUAUGUAUAGAAAAUAUGUGUAAGAAACUUAUGUGUUGUACGUGUGUGUGCGUUAUGUGCGUGCGCGCGCGUGCAUGCGUGUGUAUAUGCGCACGUCGAAAAUCCGACAGCUCCGAGUUGCCAAAGAAUAAAUUACGAUAGCCUAAAAUCGUUAGGACGAUAUCGCGCGGAUGGGUGUGUGUACAUAUAUAAUAUAUACGUAUACACGUGUAUCCAAUUAUUCUACGUGUUUUUUAGUUUAUUGUAUACAUAUGCGUGAGGGUGACAUCGGGCAAAUACGCUUCGCACAUACGAAUCACGAUUGUCGCGCGCGAUAACGGAAUUCAUUUACGAGCGUCUGCCCUCUCUCGUUUUUCAUCCACUUCUCGAUUUGCGGGCCCCAAGCCCCCGAACGAGCGACAUUUAUCGUGCUCGCUACUGCCAUUUAGCGACGAUACACCGCGGUAUCAGUCGCCACGAUCGUCGAUCGUCAAUCGUUAAAAUUAAGUUUGGACGUGUGUGAUUUUACGCGUAGAUCGCUCUUCGAUACGCGGUACUCAAAUCAAAACUACGUGUAUAGCAAACGAUAUCAUACAAUUUACGUGUACAAUUCGCUUCGCGUUACGCGGAACAUCCGUAAACGAAAUCGAACGCACAACUUCGUAGAAAACUAUAGACGGCUUUUGAUAUGACGUCUAACGCGCAACGUUAAGGUGCAAUUUCCCUCUAUGAGAAAUAGCGGGGAUUCUUUUUAUAGAUAACGUUCACGUAUGAAGAACACAAAGGCAGAAUUAUUCGUUAGAAAACAUCAGAAAGACGCGCGUCUACUCGCGCUGUGUGACUUACGCUUUCUCUUUAAUUAAAAACGUAAAGUGAUAUACACAACUCUUUUACGAUGAUGACAAUCGCGAUAUUUUAAUUUACUAUUAUUGUUCGUAUCUUGCACCCGGGAAUCGUGAAACAAAGCGCAGCGGCAUUUUAAAUUUCCGCACUUUUUAUAUCGAUUAAUUGUAUUGACUAUGUUGAGAAAUCUGUUUAUAAAUCAAUCGACAUUUAAGCGAAUAAUUAAUUAUACGUUCCUUAUUAACGUCAUUUGCGUAAAGUUAGUCGACGUAAUAAGGGAUGCACGUAUGACAAAUUAUAAGAAAUGCAUAUCUAUAAUACAAAGUACCUAAUAUUUAAGUUUUUGUCGCUGAAUCUACGACGAAGACAUGAACCUUACGAUGAGAAGAAGUUGAAAAUCGUUAUCGGGAGAAAAGUGGUCGCUUUCGUCGCGCACAAAUCUGUACUGAUUUACAAAUGCAUUUUAUCGAUCAUUCGUCACUGUGUCAGAAAACGCAGUUAAAUACUUUGCAAAGUGCACGUUCCGUCGCUUGGCCUAACUUGUACAGUACAAAUUAGCCUCUACUUUUUCGAACGACUACUCGUUUAAGUUAACAAUGAGCAGUUACGUGCGGAAGAUUCAAAACCGGUUCGUUUUAACUUGCCGAAACUAUUAUAAUUACAUAUAAGUAACGCCAUUCUAAUAAUAUUCGCGACAAAGCGAUCGAUCAAUACUACCGAACGUUCCUCCGUGGUAAUCGAUAGCAGUUAUCAGUCGACUCGAACGAAUUUUUCUCGCGGAGAAACGAAGAACAAAAUGAAUUUAAAAAAAAACGAAGGAACAGUUCCUCGCAAAUCGCGGCACAUAAUAUUCGCCGGGUUCACCUCGUACGCGAAAGGCGACGUAAACCGUCACCUUUAGGACGAAGUGGAACCGCUGGACGAAAGGGAGAGAGCAGAGGCAAAGCCGGGUAUUGUACAAAGCCGGAAAAUACGCGUGGAGGGGAGCAGUGCGACUUCCGUGCGUUCUAUUUGGUCAGCUCGCUGUAAUUAGCCGUGCGAAAGUGGUACACGUGCUCGUUAGGGAGAAACUCGUCGCUUUAUCGCCGAUACGUGGAGCGAUCUGCGUCUGGGAAACGUCACAAUUAGGAACGCCCGUCCGGGCACAAGACUGAUUGUCGUUCGGGUGGAGAAUCGGAAGGAAAAUCGAUUCCCGAGUCGCACGUCCGUCUCGCGACGUUCACGGGAGCGUGAAAACGGAGAUCUUCGUUUUUACGGCAGGGGGGACGAUAAAGCGACUGUCGCUGUUUCCUCUCGCGCUAGAGUGUUUCGCACUUUCAUGUACGCUCGAGGUAGCGGCCGAGUCAUACGCGAAGGCUUGCAAAUAACGCGAACAACGUGAGCGCGCUUCCGGGCAAACCGGAUGUCUUUCACGUUAGGAGAUGGACGAGGGAGGGUUUAUCCGCCGGACGAGCACGAUGUGACCGAUGUAUGUAUAUAGUAUGUACAUCCGACUGCAGCCACGAUCAAGUCUCGAUUAAUUAAUUCGUACGAACGAAACACCUAUCGACUUUAUCGUCUAACUAGAGAUUACUAUUGCAUGUAAAGAAACGUGUCUUUUAGUUAAUGCCGUAAUAAUUUAAGUCCGAAGCGAGGAGCGAUAUUAUUGUAACAUACUCACCACACAUGUACACAUCCACACGUACACGUACACGCGAGAAGCUACGCCGAAGAUGACGGUAGAUGCACACCUGAAUGACGGACAGCUCACACGAAGAACACGAACUCGUCGCGCUAAUAUUCGAGAAGAAAAAAAAAUAUAUAUAAAUAUAAAUAUUUAUGAUAUGAAUGGCGAUCGGAGAGCGAGAUGAAUUGUGCGGGCGUGGCGGACGAGGAAUCGCCCCGUGUCUUUGAAUCGGAUUCAACGAGACGAGGAAGACAAUGCCAUAGGAAGAGAGAGAGAGACGCGACUGUGCUCGUGCAUCUCCGCGAGCGACUUGUACAGAGAGCGAUGCCUCGUCGCGCACGUGCGAUCUACAUUGUAUUUUACGAUAUUACACGAUUAUAUGUGUACGUACCUACAUGGAUAAACGCAAAAUAGACGUCUAAUGAGGUAUGAGUGGUCGUGAGAUAAGGGGGAAGGGAGGGGGGUGGUGCGCGGCGGCCCGCGUAUAAUUCGAUGAUAAAAUAGGUGGUGUGUAUUAUAGAUAAUGUAGACUCUAGUCAACAUAAUAUUUGUAAGAUGACGCACACACAUACAUUGUCUCGUUCGUUUUCACCAUACACACAUCGUCAGUUCGCAUCAAGCCUCCCCUAACUCUUGAUUUCAUAUUUCUAUCUCUUCCCUUCCUUUUUUCAUCAUUCGCUACGCCUAUGAUCAAGACGGGAGAGAUGACGAUUGGACUGCGUUUUCCCUGUCGUUUAUCGUCGGCGAAACGGCUAUAAAACGGUUAUCUGCCAAUGGGAAAGAGGGCAAUCAUUUUUCUUCUUGUUAAUUCCGUUUUGAAAAGAGCUCCUUUGUGAGUGAAAGAACCGAAAGACAGAAAAAAAGAGAACGGUUCGCCAAUGUUAAUCGCGGAUAAUUUCGAAUAUCGCACGACAAGGCGGACGUGGGGGAGAGGGAUGGUCGUGCUCCAGCGCGUUUGCCGGAUUUCUUUUUACACCUUCGGUAUAAUAAAGACUGCGAUUGUAAUUGUAGUAUUCGCGCGGACCACACGUGGAGGGGAAGGGCGAACGUUCCGAGUUGGUUUUAUGUGAUAUAUAUACGUACGUAUGUGCAUAUGUGUAUUUUAUUAAGUGAAAAACACGGGAGAGCAAAUCGGGAUAGGCAGGAUUGCGCGGAUCUCGUUGGCGCGCAGUCGUUCAGAGUCUGUUACUUAUAUAAAAUACGUAUAUCCAGCGAGAAAGAGAAAGAUAUAUAUAUAUAUAUAUAAAUGGAUGUGUUUUAAGAGGAUGUGUAUAUGUCGAAUGCCUAUCGAAACUUCAAUAGACAACCGUGAAAAAUCACACUCAAGCACGUUCGAUUGUUUCGUACAUAAGUUGCCACGAUUUAUAAACUUUAUAAUUAUCAUUUGUAACGAAUCGUCGCGCAAAGAGCACACGAAGACGAGGAGAAGGGAGGGAGAUAGACUCUCUCUCGCCUCCUCUGAACCGAAACGUACGCCCUAUGGCCUACGGUGAAAUUGUAAAAAGAGAAGGAAGCUGUUUAUACGUAUAAAUUCAUGAUAUUUGACGUGCAUUAAUAAUCCAUACGAUUGAAACACCGAGGUCGGCUGAUGUACACGAAAAUUGUAGCGGUAGGAAGUUUAGGAAAGGGCUAAGAGACACAACGGGUAUCACGAAUCCGCGCCACACCCAAUUAAUAUCCGACGAGUUGACGACACGAGAAAGAUUAAGGCGAAGCCAAUACGUAAAAACGACAGUCAAGACUGCCAAACAAGUACCUACGAGAACAUUCCUUCCUUUCUCUUACCCCUUUUUCUUAACUCUUUCGCUAUGGCACUGGUAAGCAAAAGAAGAGAUCCUUUGUCUUUCAAUCUUUUAGAAAUUCAAAUUCAAUAAUGGAAGAUCUUUCUUCCACACUGGAAAUAGCAGAAGUGUCAAGUUAGUGAUUUAGCAGUCAAGCAGCUGCGAGAUAAGUCAUUUACAAUUGUUAAUCGAUACAUUUCUGUCUAUAUAAAUGAGAAGGGAGAAUUGUAAGUAUUAUGAUCUUCUGAAAGCGCGCGAAAAUAAUGAUAUCAAUUAGAAUAAUUAAUUCGCGAUGUGUUUUCGUUUAUACAUAAAUGAGAAGACUGUAUUAUUUCCUAAAAAGUGUAAAGCGAAAAGAAUAUCAGUUCCAAAAUGGGCUGCGGCCGAUGAUGCGUUACUGUCAAGGAUCCGGCGAUUAUACCCAGUAGCGAAAGAGUUAAAUUCCGAGCAUAGCGACCGCACUGCCUUCGAUAGAAUUUAUAACAGAUCGAUUCUCUGACCGUCGCUCUGGAAUAAAAGAGAUUCAGAAUUCGCGCCAGGAGAGGAGCCGCGUGACGUGCUAAAGUCGCGAGACACGAAAUAUAAAAAUCAAAAGGCUCUGUUUCUCUGUUCCUACGACGUCACGCGAGUCAUCCUCGUCGCGACGCGCGAGCUCAUCGUCGAUUACAAAAUCAUUGAGCGGCAACGACAUGCGUCAAUGAGCCGCGAAGAACGUGAACGCUGGUCUAAUGCAGAGUUCCAUCAAACUCCGUUACUCGACAUACAGUACGUAUCUCAACGAAAAACGUAAAGGAGAAAAAAAAGGAAACAAAAUACGGAAAAAUUUUAGAGGGGUUUAAAUGGAUAUAAUGAUUGCGAUAUCAGUCAUUAUGUGCGAUAGUAUUACUCGUUUUUUUAACUGUACGCUUCAUUCGAGAAGAAUUGUCCGUGCUUAAGAACAUAUACGUAUAAUAAAUAGUUUGCGAGAAAUUUGCAACUGGUCAGAUCAGCCAAGUUUCACUCACCAGCAAGUAAUCAUAGGCCUUCGUAAACGCCGACCUAGGAUUCCAGCAGCCAUUUCUUAAAACGAACGAGACGCAAUUUUCCGAUAAUUGCAAUUAAUUAAGAUAUCGCAAACGCGAUAGCUAAGUUCGUUGCGAUAUACUCAUUAUUAAGUAUCCCGCUACCCAUCAUUUGAGCCUUUUAAUAACUAUCCAUGUACUCGGUUCUUUUUUAGAUUUUAUAUUGAAGUAAGUUACUUGUGUCAAUAUGUAUUUAAUAGAACAUCGCGUUUCAUUAAUUACACAGAAAUUGGUCAACUACAGUUAUCGUAAAAAAAUACUGAAAUAUUUACAUAAAAA